UUAACCCCUAAAUACCCAAGCCUGGUGACGGAACCACGAAUGUUACAAGAGUUGUUUUUUUUUCUGCUAAUUCGGAAUAAAUAAUAUUUUAUAGGCCUAAGUGGUAUUUUAUUGCAAGGAAAGGAAAUCCUGUUGGUGUAUAAAAUAAACGUAACUCGGGUGAAAUCAUUAACACAGUGUUUUUCAGAAGAUUUUCUAAAAUGACGCAUUUCAACAAAAAGUCUUGAAAAGUCGAGAUCCACGUUUGGUAACUAAACAUUAAUGGCCACCAUGUAUAAAUUGCCAAGAGGCGGCAGAUCAUGUAUCUGCAGAACAUAGAAGCCAUCAAAACGGAGGUUUGGCGAGAUCGACACAAAUACAGAGUACUGUCGCCUGACCACCAGAUACAUGGCCGGAUAUUUCUGGUGACAUCACUACUGUUACUGAUAAAGGUCCAGGCAAUAUCAGCUCCACCGACAACUCUUGACAUCCCAUCAAACGUUCCAGCCACCUCAGCUACAUCAUCUGACGACAUACCUUCCUACAGUGGACACUACUUCAAAGAUGUCCCCACGGCAGCAGCAACUAUUAUUAUCACGGUCUUUGCGGCCGUGUUCAGUUACGGUCUGUCUGUCAUUAUUAAUGUCUUCUGUCCAGAUCAGUGUGACCACAGGGGCAGCUGUGCACCCAAGAACACUACGGUGUUUUGCAGACGCUAUAAAAGAACAAUCACACCUUCAUUAAAUAAUGGCGAAAAAGAACUGUAUCCACAUCAACCCUCGAUUACGAUUAUUGGAAUACCGAAUGGAAGACCUAAUCAUAACAAGAAUGUGCAGACAUGGCUCGAACAAGUUGACCACACGAUUGGUGUACCAGAAGAGCCCAUCAGUAGUGGUGACGGGGAGGUUGAACCUGCUACAUUGACUUAUGAUAAUAAAGUUAACCAAGCAGUCGUUGAUGCAAAAAUGCCGUCUUCAGAUAUUAGCGGGAAUUGUGCAAAUAAAGAAGGUUACCAAAUGUUUGUUGUUGCACCUGCUACAGAUGUGACGAACGAUCAAACGACAGGUAGGCAAACGCUCAAUAUAGAAACUGAUAAAACUGCAGUUAAACAAGGAACAGCGGCGAAUGAAACACCGAUGAAAACAAAUCAUACACACAUCAUACAGGCAGAAAUAAAUUGGUACCCGUCCAAAGAAAAGGCAGCCAUUACAUUAAGGGAGGGUAUUACUUCAGAUCCGGAAGUGGACAUAGAGGUUAAGCAGAAAGCUUGGAACAGGGAAACUUUGAAUAAAAGCAGCAGCAGUGACGCGAAGGAAAGUGAACCAUUAUUACAAUCUCCUUUACAGGGUGGUUCUCCUCUAUCAUCACAAACGCUUGUCACUAACCAGGGACGUCCUCUCAGUAUCACAUUGGAAUCGAUAAGGACAGAAGAUACAUUCAUCGAAGAAGGUCCCAGCAAAGACGAGGAAGAACAAUCCUUCGUACCGUUCAAUGAGGACGUUGUGUUGAAACCACCGACGUCAGAUAAUCUUUAUCCAUAUGUUUCAUCAAUGCAGAAUAUGGAACGUGAAGAAAAGGAAGACACGAAAGACAAAAAUCAUGAAAACAGCGGAGGAAACAGCACUGUUAGAAACUGAGAGUACCAGGGAAUUUAAUUGCAAUAUCAUUUCGGAAAUUAUUUCAGUUUCAAAUACUCUAAUUAUUUCAUUGCUAAAAAGUGUGUUCAGCCAAUUAUACUUUGAUGAUUUUGUUUCUAUAAUAGUACAUUGCUGUAAUAAAACAUAAAAUUAAAUACAAUUUAUGCAGUUCUGAUUUAAAAAAUAUAUUGAGUUUGAUCAGCUUUGCAGCUCUUUACCCCUUAUGCUUAGACAUUAUUGAUUAUGGGGACCGGGUGUCAAAAAGUAGCGAACUAUAUAAUAACUGUGUCAAUUCGGCAGAAAUUUCUAUUAAAAUAAAAAUUGUAUUGGCAUUUUAAUCACAUCUUGCUGUUAUUACAUUGUGAAAAGGUCCAAAAAAUUAUGAUCACGACCCACCCAGAAAGAAAUCCUGGAUACACCCCUGUGGCGCUGUAAUCAAUUUUCCUGUCUCCCACUGAAAAGGUCCAAAAAAUUAUGAUCACGACCCACCCAGAAAAAAUCCUCUAUACACCCCUGUGGCUCAGGGACGUAACACAUUGAUGUCAAAAAUAAAAACCUAUAUAGCACCAGUUACCUUUUAUAACCUAAGACCUCUUGAGAGUUACCAUACACGUAAAUAAACAAAGUAAAUACCAUUAUAGGCCUAAUGUAUCAGGAGACUCUCGAGAGUCAACAUAUGGGGUAUCAGACAAAGCGUCUACUGGAACUAUUUUCCUGGACAUUUUAGGCGGAGUCUCAUAUUUCUGUCGGUGACAAUGCAUGUAAAUAAAAUACGAUGUAUCUUCAAUAGCAUUAUGUCAACAUACACUGUGCAAUGUAACCAUGGCAGCAGCAAUACAUAAAAUGGUUUCUUUUAGAGUAGACCUAUUAUUUCAUUUGCAACCAAAAGGAAAUUUCCAACUACAUGGUCAAAAUAAAUUGUGAAGAUACUUAGAAUAUGAAGUCUGUAAAAUAUGCUCUCUCCUAAAUUAUAAACUUUAAAAGUCAUAAAAAAAAAACAAAAAAAAAAACAAAAAAAAAAACUGGUACUGAAUUUGAAUGUACAGCAAUGGGACAGCUAGCAUCAAGCUAAACCUCUACAUCAUACUCAUUAUCAUACAAAUAAAUAAUCAACAACAGUAAAAGAAGUCGGGCUUAUAAAAAGUAUUUCUGUAAUUAAAUCGAUUUAUUAAUAAAAAAAGUAAUUUAUAUUUUCUCCAAUUA